CUUGUACCUGCUUCAGACAAACAACUGCUGGCCCUGCACUUUUUGUGCCCUUCUCUCUUACUUCACAGCGUUCACGGAUUUCUUUUCUCCUCUCUCCCUCUUCUGAUCUUCCUUUCGUACUUCAUUUAGCGUUCCAACAUGUCAGUCCAGAAGUUCGACCAAUGGGUCAAUAAACAUAUCGAGCUCUGUCCUUUGAACUUGCUCAAGGAUGCCGUCAUUGGUGUCGAUGCCUCAUACUAUCUUGACCUACGCAUCAACAACGAAGUCGAACCUCUCAAACAUGCUCUUGGUGGCCUACCCUUUACCCUGAAGAAAGCCAUAGAAGACGAUAUCUCCCUCCUGCGCCAGCAUGGUGUCACUCUGGUCUUUGUGUUCAGUGGCCUUGACUAUGUGGAUAAGAGCCCCCCGGACUCGCAGUCAGUGGAAAGUAGAAGAGCCCAGGAAGAAGCAUGGCACGAAUAUUUGAGCGGCAACAGCAAGGGGACGGUCUCACACUUCUCCAAGGCCAAAUACCACAUCGAUGUAAUGACGAGAACGCUCCAAAAGAUAUUGGCUGAGAACAAGAUUGAAUUCAUGGUGGCACCGUACAGCGCAACAGCACAAUUGGCCUAUCUUCUCAAACUGGAAGACCAAUACAUAGACGCCGUCAUGGGCAACACCGAGUGCUUUCUUUUUGGCGUCGACAGAGUGGUGACGGAUAUCAAUGUCAACAAGUCAGCGCUGACCUUGAUCAGCAAAGGAGUGUGCGAAGAUCUACUGAAGGUCAACGAUGACAUGCUCCGAGAUGCUCAACUCCUCCUCGGAACAUCGUUUACGCCCACUUUCCCAAUCCUCGAAGCAAUGGCGACUACAAAAUCCACAGGGAUCACUGAUGCAAUCACCUUACUAAAUGGCGCAGGGAAGUCUGUGGUACAACUCUGCAACUUCCACCGCGACCAUCCACAAGUUCAAGCUCUGUCAUACGCGGAUCGAUACAAGAAAGCCAUCAUGACAAUCCGGCACCAUGUUAUCAUGGAGAAGAACGGCGUCGUCGCUCCGCGAAAUUUUGACGAAGCUCCUGGCGAUGUCCACGAAUUUGUCGGACAGCGACUGCCAGAGGAGCUGUUCUUCUACAUCUCGAAAGGCUUACUUGGCCCCCAAAUACCCAAUUGGCUGACCUCUGGAGAGAUUGUGCUCAACCUUGCCGGGGGAUCUUAUGAUUCGGAGCCCUACCGCAGACUGAUGAUCCAAUCACUCAACCGAUACCGGACGGAAGCUCUGAAAAUUCUAGCAGAGUCACUCCACUACUACUACCAGUCAAGAGUCAUCAAAGUCGAGCCAUGGGUUCCACAGGACACCAGCAGCUUGACCAUCGAGAUCAGAAAUACUCCAGCCAUGAAAGGCAAACUGGCGCAGUGGAAAGUCCGUGGCCCUGACAUUGAGAGUGUGCUGUCAAACACCAGCGACUCCAUCCUCUUCUUACGCUGCCUUCGUACGUUGCAGGAUGAGCAAUUCACCCCAAAGACAUUUGUCAAGGGCAAACAAGAAUAUCCAGCCUUGCGCACUGCGGACGAAGUUCUUGUCAAUUCGGUGUUCCGAUUCCUACACGUUCGUGGAUAUGUCGAUGACAAGCACGCUCUGACCACCUGGGGCAAGGUUUUAGAAACCGCAUUGGCAAUUUCAGAUGAAGAGAGCACUGUUAUAGGAGUUGAAAUGCUCAGACUAGGGCUAUUCACCUCUAACUUUGCCACAGGGACACCUCCUUCUAAAACCGGUUUGUCCUGUCCCAGGCCGUCGUCGAAUACUUGACUGAUUCUCGUCCAGACAAGGAUUACGAAAAGAAGACAUUCUCAAAUCUCAUCUCAAAGACUGCUUGCUUGGGUAGAAUCCGGCAUAAAGCUAUGGGAUUUGUUGGACCACUUGACCGGGAAAAGCUAACCUUUGCAUGGAAGGUUACUGCUGUCCGCACGACACUGAGAGAUCUUCUGGAAACCAUCAUGACGAGCAUGUUUCUGAAUGGUGAAGUGGAACGAGACCGUUCAGAUUGGACGGAUUUGAGCCAGAAGCUUCCAUUCAUUGACGAUCAUGGGUCCGGCCUCGGCAUAGCAGUCAAGACUUACCUGGAUGCUUUCGAUGAUGACCAGGAGAUCACUGAGACCCUGAAGAAGACCAUCAAGCAGCAAGAGGGAAAAUAUAGUUGGUUUCAACAACUCAAAAGUGGCGGCGGUCUGACCAGGAGUCUGGAUCAAGCUUGGAAAAUUUGGGAUGCUAUAUACGCAGCAAGUCAAGUUCCUGGUGCAGAUAUCAGGGAAGCCAAACUCUUCUCUGAGGCGAACGACUGGCUUGCUAUCCGACGAUAGAAAGUCGACAAUGUUUAGACAGGAGAUCAUUGUUGAAGUCCAUAUGGACAACGAAUCGGCAUCAGUUCGAAGAUCAUCUACUACUGAGCCGAGCAAGCCUUGGCUCUGAGAUCGCCCUAGUAGGGAGAAUCACACAUCAACAGAGAAAGCAUCUGCAACCCUAAAGCAGGCUCAUAGCGACAAGCUGGGAGACCCACACUUGCGAAUCUGCAGGGCUGUGCUUUGCCAUUUCUGGAGACCACCAGCGCAUCCCGUCCAGCAUAUCGCACGAAGGUCCUCGAAGUGAGGUGGACGGACUGGACGCAAUAUCCUGGGAUAAGUUUUCUCUCAUCUUCAGAUCCAUAGACGUUGCAUCUUGUUGCCAACCUCUAUCAGAAGGAGGAAAUACACCAAUGAAAGUGGGUGUGAAGUGAGCAUCGUUUGCUCGCUGGCUCUGUUCUCAUUGUAUUGAUAGAGUCGAGCUUUGUCGAUGCCACAGUGUUUUGGCACCUCAGAGUGGUUCUCUUUCCAACUCUGUGCCAACUAGCUGGGCUUUCUAGGCGAACAAUGCUCAGUCCGGGAUGAUCAAGUAUAUCAUGGAAUAGUAUUAUGGUCAAUUUCAGCUGCUUCCGCAAUGCCGGGCUCAGUU